AUGUCGUCCGACAACAAGCCCACCGCGUCGGAGCCGCCAGCGAGUGACAGCAACCUCAGCAAAUCCUUCGCCGAUCGCCUUACAUUCCCCGCUGACGGCAAAUCAUCCUCCAACGGCGACAGCAGCAAUCCCACAAAGUUCAACUGGGCGGAUGAAGUGACGACGCCCAUCGACGACUCGAAGAAGUCCGCUGGGAUGGAGCCCAAGGACGGCGAGAAGGAGAAGAGCUCUCUCGGUGACGCUCAGGUGGAUGGCGCGAACAUCUAUAUCGGCGGCAGCUCCCUGCAAGAGCCCGAGUUCGACGUCAACGUGAAGCUGGCCGACCUCCAAGCAGACCCACACAACCCGCUAUUCUCAGCAAAGUCGUUCGAUGAGCUCAAUCUGCGUCAGGAACUCAUCCAAGGCCUCUCCGUCAUGAGCUUCCACAAGCCUUCCAAGAUUCAAGAGCGCGCCCUACCCCUCCUCCUCAUGAACCCUCCACGCAACCUGAUCGGCCAGUCGCAGUCCGGCACCGGCAAGACUGCCGCUUUCGUCCUCAACAUCCUCUCACGCAUCGACCUCAACACCGACCAGCCACAAGCGCUCGUCCUGGCUCCCACCCGCGAGCUUGCCAAGCAGAUCUCCAACGUCUGCUCCAUCAUGGGUGCCUUCCUACAAGAGGCAGGCCUCAAGGUCACCGAGGCCAUCCCCAACCCAGCCAUGCGCGGACAGCAGUACAGGGGCCAGGUCAUCGUCGGCACUCCCGGCACCACCAUGGACAUGAUCAAGAGGCGCCAGCUUGACGGUAAGGGCAUCAAGAUCCUCACGCUCGACGAGGCAGACAACAUGCUGGAUCUGCAGGGCAUGGGUGAUCAGUGCAAGCGGGUGAAGGCAUUGCUGCCACGCGACGUCCAGACAGUGCUCUUCUCUGCCACCUUCCCACCUGAAGUGCUCGACUUUGCCGGCGUCUUCGCGCCGAACGCCAAUCAGCUCACUCUCGAGGUCGAGAAGCUGACCGUCAAGGGCAUCAAGCAGAUGUACCUGGACUGCGACUCGGACGAAGCCAAGUACAAUGCGCUCGUAAAGUUCUACGGCCUGAUGACCAUCGCAUCCAGCAUCAUCUUUGUGCAUCGCCGUACCACUGCAGCAGAGAUCGAGAGGCGUAUGACAGCAGAAGGCCACGCAGUCGCUUCUCUCACCGGUGCGUUGGAGGGCGGCGAUCGUGAUGAAGUCUUCAACAGGUUUCGGUCUGGCGAGGCCAAAGUCCUCAUCACCACCAACGUCCUCGCCCGCGGCAUCGACGUCCAGACCGUCACCAUGGUCAUCAACUACGACAUCCCCGAGACGGCCGGCGGCAAACCCGACUUCGAGACCUACCUCCACCGCAUCGGGCGUACGGGGCGGUUUGGUCGAACUGGCGCCGCGCUAAGCUUCGUGCACGACAAGAAGAGCUGGCAGAAUUUGAUGAGCAUCUGCAAUCACUUUGGUGUGGAGCCGACGAAGCUUGAUACCGAGGACUGGGAUCAUGUGGAGAAGAUGCUGAAGCAGAUUAUGAAGAAUGCGCGGAACGUGGUGGAGGGGGAUGGAAUGGAGGGUUGA